UCCCACUGACUGCGAGUCAUGAAGCCCGUCAAACAGACGAAGCAGGGCCGCGGUCGAAGUUGGGACAGGGCCGUCUGUUGCCGGAGAGUCGACGAUAUCGAGGCUGCGUGACCACAGAUAUGCUCACAAUUCCAUUUUUAUGCGCGUCGUCAGCCGAGUGAGCGGCCGACAUAUGCCAGCCGGUUUCCUACUUUCAGUCGAGGGACUUAGUUAUUCAAGUAAAAGCCAACUCUCCCCCCUUCAGCAGACCGAGGAUGAUUUUUUCUAAUACUGGAAACCCACUAAGGACUCAGUUUCGCAAACAGUCACCCGUUAGCCUCCUGUCUCAUCCCAUGGCUCCACCCAGCCCAAGUAACAACAGCAGCACCAACAACAGCAGCAGCGGUAGCACUGCAGGCUGGGAGCAACUCAGCAAAACCAACCUCUACAUCCGAGGCUUGUCCCCAUCAACAACAGACCAUGACCUGGUCAAACUCUGUCAGCCGUAUGGCAAAAUUGUAUCAACAAAGGCCAUCCUGGACAAGACGACAAACAAAUGCAAAGGAUACGGCUUUGUGGAUUUUGAUAGCCCCACCGCAGCUCAGAAAGCUGUGGCUGCCCUAAAGACCAGCGGCGUUCAAGCUCAGAUGGCGAAGCAACAAGAGCAAGACCCAACCAACUUGUAUAUUUCCAACCUGCCCCUGUCCAUGGACGAGCAGGAGCUGGAGAACAUGCUGAAGCACUUUGGCCAGGUUAUAUCCACUCGUAUCUUGAGGGACUCGGGCGGAGCGAGCAGAGGAGUGGGCUUUGCCAGGAUGGAGUCCACAGAAAAAUGCGACGCAGUCAUUUCUCACUUCAACGGCAAGUUCAUCAAGACGCCUGCCGGUGUUCCAGCACCCGCUGAACCUUUGCUUUGCAAGUUUGCCGAUGGCGGGCAGAAAAAGAGACAAAGCCAAAACAAGUUUGUUCAGAACGGUCGCGGUUGGCUACGAGAUGGAAACGCCAGACUGGCUGGAAUGACACUCACGUAUGAUCCCAGCGCAGCUGCCAUGCAAAACGGAUUCUUCCCGACAGCGUACAGCAUUUCAAACAGGAUGAUUGCUCACACGCCCUUGUCCACGUACAUGUCUCCGGUUUCAGCAUACCAGGUGCAGAACCCGUCGUGGAUGCCUCAUCAGCCCUACAUCAUGCAGCACCCCAGUGCAGUCAUAUCGCCCUCUGUGGAGCCAUCGUUGUCACUGCAGCCGACAUCCCUGAUGACUCCCCUGGCCCAGCAAAUGAGUCAUAUGUCUUUGGGCAACGCAGGAGCGUUCAUGGCCACCAGCAGUCCGAUGCCGAGUGCUUACAUCCCUCAGUACACGCACAUGCAGCCAACAGCUGUCCCCGGAGAUGAAAAUGGAGUCGGGUCUCAGGUGGACACUUCGGGCAAUCCGUCGUCGUACGUCUACCAACAAACCAAGUAGUGCAGACUUAACGUUUGGACAACCACUACAGCAAUCCCGGCAAGAAAAAGCAAUGAACGCUACAAGGCCUUCAACCGUUUUGCACUGGUUUUGCAAUUGUCGCGAGGCUAUUUUUUUUUUUUUUGCGAUCGUUUUGGAGGAGCCGAAAAGAAUACUCUUCGCUUUAUCAAAUGAUUUUAACUACUAAAAGACCAUGUUUUGAAAAGUUUUUUUAAAAUUUUCGUACAAGAAAAAAAGGUUUAUUUUUUACCAAAGAUUGCCAGCAAAUACAAGAAGAAAAAAAAACGUGCAUGAUGGUGAUCAAUGUCUUUUUCUGCUUUGAUAUUUGGACGUUUUUUGUGCUUGCUGUGCGAGUGUUGCCAUGGCCAAGUGUUUCACGUUUUCCUCUCCCGUCGUGCUUUCAGAUGACAAUGCUAUCCGAUUACAGUUUGCCUUAACAGUUUUGCUACAGUGAUUGUUUAGAUCGCCACCAAAAAAAAAAAAAAAAAAGAAACGGAAGCGAGGGGCUGUUGCUUUGUAAAUGAGCUACGUCAUGUGUUUUUGCGGCACCCGGCCCACGGAGUAGAUGUAGAAAUGUACUGACGCCUGUUGAUUUUGUUUUGAUAUUUAUUUGGAAAAAGAUUACUUUACAUGGUCCGAGAUUUUUUGCUUUUGGAUCUAGCCUUUUUUUUUUUUUUUUUUUGCCCAUCUCAUUUAAGCUAGCUGACAUUAAGUUGGAGAGGCAAGAAUCCUUUUUUUCGUGGUAACUUUGGGUUGCUUUUUAGAUGACUUUUUUUUUUUUUUUACUUUUAUUUAACAAGCCAAGAGGAACACACAGAUUUAGAAUUGUACACACACACACACACACACGCACACACACAACAAAGCCUUGACAAUGGACUUUGUGGGAGCUAACAGGAGACACGCAUUGUAUCGUACCUCCGUUUUGAAUAGGAAACCAACAGUCGGCACUUUGUUUUAUCACCAAAGAGUAGGAGUUUUAUAUACGGAGGAAACAGAAUCGGUGUCUUUUACCAGAAAGCGGGGUGACUCUCCAAAGUAAAGCUUGCGGCGACGGACUGUGCCUUUUCUCAACAUUUACACUCAGCUAGCAUACGGACAGGUAGUUGUAAAUAUGGAGGCUAACAAGCAUAAAAAAGUAGGCCGGAAUCCAACAAGUGCCACAGACUACUUGUGUUCUGACAGAAAAGGAGACGAGGCAAUAUGAUAAUGAGGAGCUAGUGUU